AUGUAUGAGCUAAACACGGAUGCUGCCCCUGACGUCUCACGACAAUAUUUGGGGUACUGCCUUCUACGGCCGGUGAUUCAAGAAUGCACGUCUCCGUCGAGACAUAGAGGCCCGGAGGCUUAUCGGAUCGCGAGCACGGUUGCACGCUAUAUCCCUUAUCUUCUCAUACGGCCCGCCGCGGACUUGCUGCAGAUACAAUCGUUUAUGCAUCUGACCGUCAAUGCGAGCUGCACCUUCUCCAAUCUCACUCGCUUCCCGAAAGUUUAG